CCGCUACCGUCCACGCGCCCGCCACCCCGCCCGGCGCGGGCUCCAUGUGAAGGAGGGAUCCGACCCGUGCCAGACUCCUCGCGCGCCCCCUCCGGCCCCCGGGGGCCCGCGGCCUCCCCCGACCGGGGGGCGCGGUGACAGGCCGCGCGGGGGCGGAGGGGCGGGCUCGGAGGCGGCGGCGGCCCCUCCUCGGGCCUACGGCUCCCUACGUCCCCGCGGAGCGGCCGGCAGUAAAGAAUGCUGAUGGAAGAACCAUUCUCCUAAUUUUCAAAUUGUUGAGCUGGUUGCCAUGAUGGAUGAUCAGCAGGCUUUGAACUCAAUCAUGCAAGAUUUGGCUGUUCUUCAUAAAGCCAGUCGACCAGCGUUAUCUUUACAGGAAACCAGAAAAACAAAAUCUUCAUCACCAAAAAAGCAGAAUGAUGUUCGAGUCAAAUUUGAACAUAGAGGGGAAAAAAGAAUCCUUCAGUUCCCCAGACCAGUUAAACUGGAAGAUCUGAGAUCUAAGGCUAAAAUUGCCUUUGGACAGUCUAUGGAUCUCCAUUAUACCAAUAAUGAGUUGGUAAUUCCAUUAACUACCCAAGAUGACUUGGACAAAGCUGUGGAACUGCUGGAUCGUAGUAUUCACAUGAAGAGCCUCAAGAUAUUACUUGUAAUAAAUGGAAGUACACAGGCUACUAAUUUAGAACCAUUGCCAUCACUAGAAGAUUUGGAUAACACAGUAUUUGGAGCAGAGAGGAAAAAGCGGCUUUCCAUAAUAGGUCCCACUAGUAGAGAUAGAAGCUCCCCUCCCCCAGGAUACAUUCCAGAUGAAUUACACCAGGUUGCCCGGAAUGGGUCAUUCACCAGUAUCAACAGUGAAGGAGAGUUCAUUCCAGAGAGCAUGGACCAAAUGCUGGACCCAUUGUCUUUAAGUAGCCCUGAAAAUUCUGGCUCAGGAAGUUGUCCAUCACUUGAUAGUCCUUUGGAUGGAGAGAGCUAUCCAAAAUCACGAAUGCCUAGGGCACAGAGCUACCCAGAUAAUCAUCAGGAAUUUUCAGUAGACUAUGAUAACCCUAUAUUUGAGAAAUUUGGAAAAGGAGGAACAUACCCAAGAAGGUAUCAUGUUUCAUAUCACCAUCAAGACUAUAAUGAUGGUCGUAAAACUUUUCCAAGAGCUAGAAGAACCCAGGGAACCAGCUUCCGGUCUCCUGUUAGUUUCAGUCCUACUGAUCAUUCUUUAAGCACUAGCAGUGGAAGCAGUAUCUUUACCCCAGAGUAUGAUGAUAGUCGAAUCAGAAGAAGGGGAAGUGACAUAGACAAUCCUACUUUGACUGUAAUGGACAUCAGCCCACCCAGCCGCUCACCUCGUGCUCCAACCAACUGGAGAUUGGGCAAACUGCUUGGCCAGGGAGCAUUUGGCAGGGUCUACCUCUGUUAUGAUGUCGAUACAGGAAGAGAAUUGGCAGUUAAACAAGUUCAGUUUGACCCUGAUAGCCCUGAGACCAGCAAGGAAGUAAAUGCACUUGAGUGUGAAAUUCAGUUGUUGAAAAACUUGCUGCAUGAGCGAAUCGUUCAGUAUUAUGGCUGUUUGAGGGAUCCCCAGGAAAAAACACUUUCCAUUUUUAUGGAAUAUAUGCCAGGGGGUUCAAUUAAGGACCAAUUAAAAGCAUACGGAGCCCUUACUGAGAACGUGACUAGGAAAUACACCCGUCAGAUUCUGGAGGGGGUACAUUAUUUGCACAGUAAUAUGAUUGUUCAUAGAGAUAUCAAAGGUGCAAAUAUUCUGCGGGAUUCAACAGGCAACGUCAAACUGGGAGAUUUUGGGGCCAGCAAACGGCUUCAGACCAUCUGUCUUUCAGGGACAGGGAUGAAGUCUGUCACAGGCACACCAUACUGGAUGAGCCCCGAAGUAAUUAGUGGAGAAGGCUAUGGCAGAAAAGCAGAUAUCUGGAGUGUGGGUUGUACUGUGGUGGAAAUGCUAACUGAAAAGCCUCCUUGGGCGGAAUUUGAAGCUAUGGCUGCCAUCUUUAAAAUCGCCACUCAGCCAACAAACCCAAAGCUGCCACCUCAUGUCUCAGACUAUACUCGAGAUUUCCUCAAACGGAUCUUUAUAGAGGCCAAACUGAGACCUUCAGCUGAUGAACUGUUAAGGCACAUGUUUGUGCAUUAUCACUAACAGCCAGUAACCUCUCCUGUGCCUCUACGCAGCUCCCAUCAAUUCAUUCACCUUCUCUCUGACUGCACUUUUCUUUUUUAUAAAAAAGAGAGAUGGGAAGAAAAAAAGACAAGAGGGAAAGUAUUUCUCUUGAUUCUUGGUUAAAUUGUUUAAUAAUAAUAGUAACCUAAAUUUUUUAUAUUUAAUCUUUUUUUCCCCUUACAAGAACUUGAAACUCCUUUUUUUUUUUAAUUUUUUAUAAUGUACUGAUGUGGUUCAGAGAGAUAAAGCACUUUAGUACAUAGUUGCUCUUUUUAGUACAAAUCAUUUAGAAUACCUAAGGAUUGCAGAGUCUUUCCCCAUGUCACUAACAGAUUGGUGGUGUUGGGGAGACAUGGAAAGCAAGGAGAAAAAAAUGAUGUAUGAUUUGUAGUUUUUAGUGAUUAGUAUUUAAAAUAGGUCCUCAUUUGUGAGGUUGAGCCCUAAACUUGAGUUUAGGGUAGGUACUCAACUUAAAGAAUAUAGGUUCCUUCUUAUAUCUGUAUUCUUUAGAUCCUAACCUCUGUCUACCAAGCUUUUUGCUCAGUAGGAAUCUUGAUAGAAAAUAUGAAUCUCUAAGAGGUAUGUUUAUUUGUUAAUCCUAACCAGUAUAAUAGGCAAAUACACUAUAAUAGAUCCAUGUUACUGGAACCUAUAAACCUUGAGGGAUAGCUUUCUGCUUUAAAAAAAAAAAAAGUACUAUUUCAGAGUAAAGCAGAUAUGGGAAGUCAGUGAGCAAAUCCAAAUUAAAAGGCAAAAAGAGAUUACUCUAAUUCAGUGUGUGGGCAGAAGAAUCCACAUUUGCCCGUUAAUAGAAAUAAUGAAGAACUAAAUGUUGUUUAGUAUAUUUUAAACUAUGGUCUUUAUUGGAGGGAGAAAGUCCCAAAAUUAAUGGAAAAGAGAAAUAAUCAAAAUCAUGUAUACUACAUUUUCCUAUUUCUAGCUCCUGAUUCUCCAUAGAUAACAUUCUUUGGGAACUAAGAAUUUAACUUGGAGUAUCCACAUGUUAAAGCUAGUGUUAUAAGAUAAAAAUCCUUGUUCUUGGGAUCACAGAAUAGCUACCGUGUAAAACCGGUUCUCAAGUGUCGGGUAGGGAUAAUUUUGCUUUGCAUUUGGCAAUGCCUGGAGACAAUAUUUCAUGUCACGACUAGAAGGAUGCUAGUGGCACUGGGUAGUCUGAGGCCAGGGAUGCCACCAAAAAACUACACUAUACAAAUACAGCAUCCCCAUUUGCCAACAAAGAAUUAUCCUGCCCAAAAUGUCGAAAGUGCCGAAGUUGAGAACCUGAUGCAAAGACCAGCCCCAGUUAUAAACUGAAAAUAGCCAUUUACAGAGCAGGUUCCUUGCAAAAGGUAAAUUUCAGAGAGAAAGUGAUGUAAUGCAUAAUAAAGGUUUUACAAGAGCAGAUACCACUACUUCAAGUCAAGGGUGAACAGUCUCAACAAAUAUCAAAUAGUAAUCCUUUCCUUACCAGCUGUGUAUUACACCCAAAUCAGUAACUUCCACUGUAGAAAGAAAAUGAAUUUAAACAUGGAGCCUAUUAAACCCAGCCAUCUGUAUAUAUUCUUUCCUCAAAAAUCAGUUCAUAAUUGUAGGAAAAGAAAAGCAUAUCAAAACAAAGUAUUAACUACUUUAUAGAAAGGUUUAAAACUGCCAAGUAUUUCUAGUAUAACAUAUCCACCAAAAGCAAGGACAUCCAGUGGAAAGAGGCAGCUGGGAAACUCCCACUAUCUCUAAUGGACUUGUGCUACUGAAAAAUAUGAAUAGUGGCAGUAAUUUAGCUACUUGCAUCUUGUUACAGCAUAUUAAAGCAAGUGCUAAGUACUUUACUUUUAAAGGUUAGGAAAUAGUAGUCUUUCUGGAGGCCCCAAAUGUGAAGCCUUUCAUGGGAUUCAUAAGGGACUCUGGUAUUUUAUUUUCUGCUAAAAGGUAUGCUCUUCUAGGGACUCUCUUAAAAUACUUUGUUUCUGAAGUUAGGUAGAUCUUGGUUUCCUGUAUCAAGGUCCUAUCUGGCAUUUUCUGUAAGAAUAUAUGAAAUUCCACUAGGUAGUGUGAGAAAAAGUCAAAGCACAAAUAUGGUUGUCAAAGCUUCUCCCAUACCUUUAUAAUCAAAGGAAGCAGCUUGCAAGGAAGAAUAUGAAUUAGUGGCCCCUCCCCCUUGAAAAUCAACUGCCAAAUCUUUGCUAUAAACAUAGUCCCCAAGGAUGUGGAUCUAUUAUAAUUUCUCUAUCUUUUAUGAGUGAAGGCAUCUCUUCUGCUUGAGCAAGAUCAUGGUAUCUGGACCAGUGGGCUUUUCCUUCAUUCCUUUGUCUUGUGUGGUUUUGAUUUCCUUUUAGCUUAUUUUUGGUCUGCCAGGGUAACCAGCAGUGCAGAAUAUGAGACAAGUGUUCUUUAGAGAGAAAUCUUGGGGGGCUGUGAAGCCCAAAGCAAAAUCGUUUGCUUUUUCCAGUCUCUUUUUUCAUCUCUAAAUGCUAUGGAAGAUAAAACCACCUGAAAAGAAACUACUCCUUUAACACUGCUGCAGAAGACCUUUGUUUUAUAAGAAAAAUAUGGGAAAGUAUUGUUAUUUAUGUAAAGACUUAAAAAUAGACUAAUAGUUUACAGAAUUAUUAUAUAAAAUGUGAUGUGAAUUUAUUUCAAACAAAUUGUAAAGGUACCAAAAAUGACAAUAAAAGUUAAUAUAUAUAGCAACUACUAGAACAAAAAAGCUUGAAGUGGGAUGAGGUAUGGAAGACCAAAAGUAAAUUUUUAAAAAAUUUUUGAAAGGAGACCCCUUUAUUAGGGGCAGUUAAAUAUGACACUCCAAUUUUUUUUCUUUCUAAUGGUAUGAAUCAACAAAUGAAAUUUGAGCUUUUAAAAGUGACUCUAAAUGUAUUUUGUUUUUCAAAUGCACAACUGAUUCUUCUAUACUGUAAUGUUUCUUUGCUGAGGCUGGAAAAUGGCCAGACUGCUGACUUUGUGCCUUUAAAAUGCAUUCUGCUUUGAUAGUGGCAGACUUUUUGGUGCUGGAGAAGAUUCACUAGCAGUCUUAUAUGUGCUUUUCAGGAAAUAUCUUUCUACUUAGGCCUUGAGAGAUUCAAAAUGGCAUGACUUAGGCUUGGACCAAAUAUAAGAUCUUUUACAUUGCAAACAAACUGUAUUGAAUAAAAGGGUUGAAAAAUAUCAUAAUGACUAAUGGAAAUUUUGAUGGUUGGUAAUUCUUUAAAAUGUAUUUAAAAGUAUACAGACUUUGAAAUUUUCAGUAUGACUAUCUUGAAAAUUUUUCAAUUUUUCUCUUUUACAGAACAUGUUUCUCUAACUUGAAAAUGGUUAAAGACGAUCGCCUUAGAAAGUUCUCAAAGGCAGUCAACCUUAUAUAAUUUAUAGAAGAGAUUGAAAUGUUAAUGCACAGGCUGAAAUGUAAAAGGAAAGUUAAAACUUAUUUCAGAGUAAAUUGAAUUGGCUUUCACUUGAGAGAGCCAUUAUCUUAUUCCCAAUAGAAAGUACAUUAAAAAGGUGUAAUUAUUACUUUUUUUUUUAUAAGAGCUCUCUGCUGUUUUAGCUCUUACAUAUGUCAGGUCUGGUUUGUAGUACUUCUGAGAUGGAGUUGUUAUAAGAUAUGUGAAAUCACUAAGAAAAUCCAAUCUGGAUAGUUUAUAGGGAUGACCAAGCUUGGGUGCAAAAGCCAAGAUGUUUGUCAGAUGCAAACUCUUUGAGCCACAGCAGAGCUCUGUGGCAGUGGUUUCAUUUGCGGCCUAGAGACCAAUAGCUUAUACAGAAUCACCUGGUUGUCAGUCAAGUAUAGGAAUCUAUCAAUUUCUUUUAAAGAAGGUGAAUCUUUUUCACUUGCUUAUUCAAUAAUUGUGGCCUAUUAUGUCAGGUACGAGAUUAACUUAUCCUUGAGUAGGUCACAGUCUAGGAGGAACAUGGGCAAACAGACUUAUUUUAUGGCAUACCCUAACUCUGAAAGUUCAGCAGUGGUGUUUUAAAAUGUUACUGUUUUUUAUGAAAUGAAGGGAAAGCAAUUUUGGGCAAUCAUUGGCUGUUAUAAACUAAAAUGCCAUUAACAGGGAUUAAAAGUAUCCCCAAAUUGGAGGGACCCCAUAGGUCAGGCGGCCUCUGUCUCAGGACUCCCCCUUAUAUAAAAGUCCAGCCCCUACUCAGUUCUAGUGGUGAGGGGCAUAUAUCCCAUAAUGUAGUGAGAUUUUUUUCCCCUGCUUUUUCUUUUAAAGGGAAAACAUUUUUUUUUCAUCUAAAUUGUUAAAAUGCCCAAAACAUUUGAUAGAAGUUGAAUUCUUUCAACAGCGUUACAUAUGCUAGGAUCAGGACAGUUUCUUGAGACCUUAUUGUUAUAUUAAGUUUUGCCUUUUUACAAAUGUAAUGCUCAUAUUUAUUUGAAUUUUAAGAUUGAUUAAGUGUUAAUGAAAAGCAAUUUAAUUGUUCAUUUUUGGUAGUGCCUUUUUCUCUGUAUGCCUUAAUUUUAUUUUAUAUCAAUAAUUCAAGUUACCCACCGCAGUGAAGGUUUUUCCAAAAUCAAUAGGCUUCAAGAGUUCAUUUGGCCUUAGGACUGUAUAUUGGCCCAUAAACCUUUCUUAAUGCCUGCUUCCUCCUCCUACCCUUUUCUACCUCUUUCUGUUUUACAUAUAUAUAUGUAUAUAUGUCCAUAUUUUACAUAUAUAUAUGUUCAAAGAGAAACAUUAGCAUUAGUCUGUGAUAGACAUGCUGCAGUCUCCGCUAGACGUGAAUGCCUACAAUAAGGAUAGAAAGAGGUAUUCUGAUUCUAAAGAGACAUAGCAAAUUGUUUUCCAGUUUGGUAAUUUGACUUUCAAUCACAUUGGCUGUCCAAAUUCUUUGUAUAUCAUGGUUCAGUUACAAUUUUCAUAGCAGAGCUAGAAUGGUUAAUUUUGCCCUAAAGAGGUCAUUUAAAUGGUUUACAAAUGUUAAGGCAAUGAGACUUAGGGCAAUGUGCAAGGAAUCCAGGGAUAACAGUUCUGAUCCUUACUUCUUAAUUAACAUUUUGACUAAAGCUCUAGCUUACUUUUCCGUGAAGAGAGAGAUAAUGUGUGUGUGCGCGUGUGUGUGCACGUGUGUGUGUAUGGGAGUUGGGGCAGGGUGGGAGGGAAGGAAAGGAUGAAUAUUCAAUUAGAUUAGUCUCUGUUCUUAGAAGAACAACUGAAAUGUGUAUGACCUACUGAUGAUGGAUGAGUGUAAUUGUCUUCGGGUAGGAACGCCAGCACAUUUUCCACAAGUAGCUAGUACAAGUGAUUGUUUAAUAAAGGUAUUUAUUGUAAAUUGCCAAGCUCUUGGUUGGUAAAAGUAGAUUAAAAUUGAAUUUGUAUGUGUGUAUAAUAGUGAGCUUAUAUAUAAUUCUGAAAUAGAAAAUAAUUGAUUUUGCAUAGUUCUUAAUGAGCUAUUUGGAAUAGAAAUUCUUCCAGACAUUAUGAAAACAAGCUUCCUUAGCUUACCAAGUGUUCAAAAGGAAAUUGUCUUAUACCUCUUUUUGGUUGGCUAGGGGAGGCGUGCUGUGAAGCCACUGUUCCUACUUUAUAGUUGUCUUUAGCUUUGCUUUGACUUCUGCCACAGUCUGGACAGGAUGCUAUAAUAGGUAUGGGAAGUAUCAGGGCCAGCCAUCUCUCCGUACUCCCCUUUCAGAGCUGUAGAUGGUGAUGAGCUUUCAGGGGAGUCUAGAGAAUCUUGUUGGUGAUAGUGAGAACGGACAUGGUUCAGUUUCAGAAAGUUGAGGGAGGAGUCAUAGUUGAAGAGAAUAAAUUUUUAUUUGUUGCCUGUAUACAGUCUCAUAUGUAAUUCUUCAUAUUUUUCAUAAUUAUGCAGUUAAAUUGAUUGUAAUGUGAUAGUUUUGUUAACAACAGCAAAGGCAUUGAGUCAGUGAGUACUGUUAUUCCCUAUGCCUGAUGACUCCUUGUUUGUAUUUACAAUCUGUAUUAUCAGAAUCACUUUAAACCAAAGCUUUUAUAUUCCCUGCACACAUAGCCAAAAUGAUUAUCACUGUUACUUCUGCCCACCUGUAAGCUAAUAGUAUAAACAUGUUAAAACAGGUACUUGUAGAAUUUGUAUCCCAAUCUGUCCUUCAAGUAAAAAGACAGGUGCUCAGUGUUUGCAUUUAGACAUACAGAACUUCAACUAUUAUAGAACAACAUAAACAUUACAAAUUUGAGCUUGUACUUGUGCCAUAGAUGCAUAUACAUAUACGUUGACAUAUGAUGCCUCAGGUUGGUGGCAUACUUUCUUCCUAGUGUCUUAACAUUUAUGAACUUGUGUUUGACUUGAGGGGCAUUUUAGGAAAGCUGUGAAGAAAAGUAGGUUAUGGGCUGAUGUUUGCUUUGUGCCAUGGACAUUUUGGAACGUAAGGAAGAGCCUGUUCUCCAGUAUACAUGCAGAAUUUGUCCCCAGAUAAGGAUUUCUGAGUCCCUUCAUGCCAGUUGAGAACGGUAAAGUUUGUGACUAUACUGAAAAGCACUUUUGUGUUCAUUUAUUUGUAUAUUUUUAGAAUUAAAAAAAAAAAAACCAACACAUGUAACUAGUGGUGAUUUUAGCAUAAGCAUUACUUGGAGGGGAGAGAUAAGUAAGAGAGUCACAUCUUAAGCUCUAUUAGAUACUUAGGCUCCAAAGUGGAUUUGACAUAUUCUCAUUUUUCCAAAGACUUUUUUCCACCUGAAAUAAGAAGAGAGGACUAGUGGAAACAUUUGAGUUGGAAAGGCUUAUGGGCAAAGGAAAGUGGGCCAAACCCUUGCAAUAUACCCUGUUCAAGUGCAAGUACAGUGUCUACGGAUAAGAAUACUUCUUUAAAAACAAACAGUUGUUUGUAGUACAAUCUUAAUUAGUAAGUAAAAAGUUUACAUUUUUUCUAUUGCUAUUGGUUUUAAAAUUUGCUACCCUGCAUUCUGAAAUAUUAUAAGAGUUAAUACCAAAAAUACUUUUAACGUCUGACAUCUCUUACAUUUCACAUGGUUCUUUUUAUUCAAAUAUCAUUGUAAAUAAAAGUAAACUUGGAUAAAUUUGAGAAUAAACUUUUAAUUGUUGCAAACUAUGAUUAUCAAUUUGUAAAUUUACCCUUUGACCUAAUGUACAUUUUUUAAUGUAGCCAUUAAAUUGUCUAUAUUUAAUCUAUUAUAUAGUUUCUCUCUGUAAACGUUUUUAAUCUCAGUUGAAUGCUGGGCAGUUUAUAAUUAUGUACAAAGAUGUUUUUUUCCUAUCAGAGUUGACUUUUGCACAUUUUUGGAAAUGUUUAAUUUGUACACUGAUUUACUACUCUGACCAAUAAUUGUUGAUGGGUGUAUGAGUAUCAUGAAUGCGUGCAUUGAACUACUGUGUGUGUCUUUAUGUUUUAACUUCUUUUCAGAUGUAGCCAUCAGUAACUGCACUGCUAUUACUGACUUAAAUGGACCUUCUUGCUUUUACAAAGUAUACUUAACUAUGGUUCUAUCUUUGUUGAAGAACUCAGGAGUUCAACAUCACUUUCUGAUUUUAUAUGUAUUCUAAAAUCCAUGACUAAGUUGAAAGUAUGCUUGUAACUCUGCGUAUCAGGGGAUGUGUGUGUGGAGAUGUCUUUGUCUGUCUGUAGGCACAUGUAUAUAUCCCAGUAAUUUCUUAUUUUAAUUUCAUUUCUACGUUUUUAUGAACUUGUUUUAUAAGGGUACUGUUUAGUUAGAAUAAUUAAAUAUAUAUAAAAGCUUUCUGAGAGAUUAUUUACUAUAUGAAUAUAUUUUCAGCUGGCUGAUCAAAAAUAUUUUUUUAAUUUUGUUUUUAACCAUUUAAAAUGUAUUUGUAUUUCCAGAAUUGGAUGCAAAUUUACUUAGAUAUCAACUAAAAUACUCUUGCAAGGAAGGGCAUUGAAUUCUCUUCUGAGAAUUCUGUGAAAUGCAAAUUAAGAGGAAAAAUAUGUUUUAAGACAGUAGCAAAAACACACUGUCCAUUAAAAUGGCCUUUGAAUUAUCAAAAUAUUGAAACUAAAUUGUCUUGAAGAGAUGUCAGGAUUUUUUAUAUCUCCAAUUGCUGUUGGCCUGUUUGAAUAUUUCCUAUAUUCUACCCUAAAUAUUUCAACUUUUAGUUUUUCUCUUACUGGGCAAAGUCAGACCGCAUUUAUAAAACAGUACAUUGACAUAUUGUGAUCUUUUGUAAUUGACUAUAAAUUGGUUUAGAAAUGUUUGAACAUACAUUGUUGUGUCUUUAGACCAUACUGUGUAUUUUAAGUAACUGGCAGAAAAAGAAUUGGAAAUUAAAUUUCCAGUCUGACAAUGUUAUUGUACUUAAGGAAAACCUUGUUUUUAAUAUGCGGUACCACGUAAAAAUUAUUUGUAUUAGGAAUAAAGUCCACUAUUGAAGUUGAAUGUCACUAAGUGUAUUAUGUUACAAGGAGCUGGUAUGAUUAGAAAAACCUACCAGAAGCCAGAUACAAUGUGGUAUGUGCCACAUUUCAUGCACAUUUUGACUUUGUGUUCAUUCAAAAUUGUGCUUGUAAAAAUGUAUAAAAUUUCUGAGUUUUACAAUUUUUUGUACUUAUUUUUUCUUGCUGGUAAAUAGCUUUUUUUUUUUUUAAAUCUAAUGUGAAAGAAACCAUGUUUAUAUUUUGUUAGUGAUCAAUGACUUUGUUUAUAUGGAAAUUUGUAUAUUGUUGGCUCACAUCUUUGUUUAGAUUUAUUGUGCAUGAAGGCCUGCAAUAAUUAGCACAAUGAAAAUUGCUUUUUCUUACAUGUUCAUUUUUUUGAAAGAUUGUGGUGCAAAGGCUUACUCUGAGUAACCUUCUGGACUUUGGAAUGAAUAUAAAUGAAUGGCACUUUGAGUGUUAAUAAAGCUGAUAUUUAUUUCCACUGUGA